AUGGCAGAAUGCACGGAGCUGGAAUGGGCCGUCCAGGUGCUGGUGAACAACUUUGACAAGUACUCGAGCCACCGCUGCUGCUGCAAGAAGCCGCGGCGCAUCAGCAAGAAGGAUUUCCGCAAGAUGCUGAGCUGUGAGCUCAACCACAUGCUGACG